CUCUGACAGCAUUCAUAGUUUCUAUUUUUUCAAGUGUUGGGAGGGUAUCAAAGCUAGUUUCAGCAUCUUUGAGUUGGUUUUCAAGGAAUCUGACUCUGGAGAAUAUAUUGCCAAAAGUGUGCUUGUUCCAGGUGCAAAUGGUUCUUUGUAAGGAUUGGAGUUUUUGAGACGGACCAUGCAUUCCUCCACCUGUGUAUCUGCCCCAGUGUUCUUCAAUGAGCUUGUCAAAGGAAGGGUGGUUGCUCCAGCAGUUAAGGUAUCUGAAUGGUUUAUGUCCUUUGAAGAUUGGGUUGUAAAGGGAAACAAGUAUGGGUGUGUGAUCAGAACCACAUCUGGCCAGGUGAAUAUGGGAGAUGUGAUGCAGCUGGCUGUCAGACCACAUGAUCCACAUUCUGUUAUCAGGAGAGGAGAUUGGGUGGGUGAAGCCAAAAAGUACCUGAUUGAGAUGCAUUCUUUGAAGAUGAAAUCAUGGAAAAGAAGUUUGAGUGGGAAUGGCUUCUUGGGUGGGGAUCAGAGGGGUCAAGCUGAUGUUUUGGGAGUUAACGCGUUGGAAGUACGCGUUCAUGGCGUACCCUUGGCGUUGGACCGCCUCGUCAAGUCUUUCAAGGUAGCCAUCCAUCCCAUCAACUUUGAAGUGCAUCCGGUUGAGAGAGUCAGCAAUGGAGGCAAGGUUGGCCCGGGUCUGGGGUUCGGCUGGGCCAGCAGAACGGGGCUGUGGCACGACAGUGGCAGGUCCGGCGUUUUCCAACCGCUUCUUGAAGGUUUGGGUGCUGAUCGCCCAAAUCUCCGUGGCCUUUGUGAGUGGGCCAACGGUGGUGGUCACCUUGAACCGUUCAAGGAUGUCCAUCACCACGAACGGGUACGGGAGGAGGUGAUCGUGGUCGGUGGACGCGACAAUCGUCAUGUUGAUCAUGACAAACUUUGCCCAAUUGAUUGGGGCCGAGUGCAUGAUCGCAUGGAUGAGUUUGAGGUCUUCACCGGACAUGAUGGUGUGGCCGUGCUUCCUGGGUUUGAUGAUCCGGGAGACGAUGUAGAGAAGAAGACGGCCUUCGGGGUUAGCAGAGUGGAUGGUGGGGCGUCCCGAGGCAUGGCGGAUGAGCUUGGUGAUGCCAAGCUCGUUGAGGAUAAGGCCCUCGUUGUUGAGCACCCAGUCCUCUCCGCCAUAGAGGGAGACGUCGUCGCCUUGGUAGGGGAGGCCGGCGAUGCGCCCAAGCUGCUCAAUUGAAAGUUAUAUCGGCGUGCUCUUGACAAGAGAAUAGAGCACGUCGCCCUCACGCCGGAGGUUGGAGUAGAAGACCCGAAUCAGCGCCGGGUUGAUCUCCUUCCGAGCCCGGGAGACGAAGGGCCAAAGGCCGGCCUAAUGAAGUUGCGCGUCGAGG